UGGGGACUGUUAGCCAUGGAUACUGCAGAUCAACUAAACAUGACUCAAGGGGAGGAUUCACAACUUGAAGUGAAGUCCUCCAACUGCUGCUCAACUACAGGCACAAUGAGUGAUGACAACUUCUUGAGGCUGGACGACAGCACAAAGCUGGUUGGAGUUCAAGUCAUUCUCAUCCUUGCUUACAGCACAAUCAUAUUGUUUGGAGUCAUUGGAAACUCCUUGGUGAUAUACGUUGUCUACAAGUUUAAAAAUCUGCGGACUGUGACCAAUUUCUUUAUCGUGAACUUAGCUGUGGCAGACUUGCUGGUGAACACGCUGUGUUUACCUUUCACCCUCGUCUACACUCUCUACGUUGAGUGGAAGUUUGGUCAGGUGUUGUGCUUCAUGCUGCCCUGCGCUCAAGGCAUGGCCGUGCACGUGUCCACCAUCACCUUGAACAUCAUCGCCCUGGACCGCCACAGGAGCAUCGUCUACCACAUGGAGACCAAGAUGUCCAAAGACAUGUGCGCCGUGGUCAUCGUCAUCACGUGGGCCGUCAGCGCCCUGUUGGCCAGCCCGCUCGCCAUCUUCAGGGAGUACGGGACAUUCGAUCUCUCCCCAGACAAGUCUAUUCAGGUGUGUACCGAGAAGUGGCCGGGAAGCAGCAUGAACGGAAGCAUCUACAGUAUAUCAAUGCUCCUGCUUCAAUACGGCUUGCCUCUGGCCAUCAACUCUGUUGCUUACAUCCGCAUCUGGAAUAAACUGAAGAAUCACAUGAGUUGCGGAGGUCGAAAUGACCGCCAUCAGCGCCGGAAGAAGACCACUAAGAUGCUGCUGACCAUGGUGGUGGUCUUUGCUGUCAGCUGGUUGCCUUUCCAUGCGUUCCAAUUGGCUGUUGACAUCGACAGCACCGUUCUGUACAUGAAGGACUUCAAGCUGCUUUUCACUGUGUUCCAUAUCGUGGCAAUGUGCUCGACGUUUGUCAAUCCCAUCCUGUACGGGUGGAUGAACAACAACUACAGGUCGGCCUUUCUGUCCGUGUGUAAGUGUUACCGGCCCUUCACUUGGAGGUCAAGACGUUCCAAAGGCAAAGGAACACAAAAAGAGGAAGUCAGGGUUUGCACAGACUGCAAAUCAACAAAUGUGUAA